UGUAUAAAAUUCAUGUUCAAUUAAGAAACGAUCAUCUAUGUUGAGACGAAGGGAGUGACGGGUAACAUUUUAUAUUGCCUUGGUAUGUAUGAGGAAGCAUCGCAUAACCUCAAAAAAUCAGCGCGCAAACUCAAUCGAUAAAAUGGAUGCUAAAUCAAUCAAAGAAGAGAAGGCUGAGGUAGAAAUCUGGCAAUAUAUAUUCGGCUUCACUCCAAUGGCCGUAGUGAAGUGCGCAAUCGAGCUCGAAAUCGCCGACGCCGUCGAGAGCCACGGCGGCGCCGUGUCUCUGCCCGACCUCGCCUCCGCCGUCGCCUGCUCGCCCUCCGCCCUCGGCCGCAUCAUGCGGUACUUGACCCACCGCGGCUUCUUCGAGCUCAAAGAAUCCACAAAUCAAUACGCCAACACUCCUCUCUCUCUCCUACUUUUAAAAAGCGGAGUGAAUACCAUCGCUCCGCUUUUGGUGAUGGAGGCCAGCCCCUGGAUGCUGGCCCCGUGGCACGGUCUGUCCGCAAGCGCCUCCCGCAGCGGAGGUUCGGGAUUCAAGGCCGCGCACGGGGAGGAAAUCUGGGAGUUCGGGUCCCACAAUCCGGCUGAGAGCAAGCUAUUCAACGAUGGGAUGGCGUGCCACGCUAGGCGGGCGGUGUCUGAGAUCGUGGAGCAGUAUGGCGAGGUCUUUGAAGGGAUCGAUUGCUUGGUGGAUGUCGGCGGAGGGGACGGCACGACUCUCCAUUGUAUCGUGGAGGCAUGCCCGUGGAUCCGGGGGAUCAACUACGAUCUCCCCCACGUUGUCUCUGCGGCUCAGGUGAGACAAGGUGUGGAGCAUGUCGCCGGGGACAUGUUUGAAUAUGUCCCAAAUGCUGAUGCUGCUUUCAUCAAGUGGGUACUGCAUGACUGGAGUGACGAUGAGUGCGUGCAGAUACUGACAAAAUGCCGGGAAGCGAUUCCCAAGGAGACGGGGAAGGUGAUAAUCGCGGAGGCGGUGAUCGUUGAGGGAGAAGAAGACAAGUACCGCGACGUUAAGCUGGCACUCGACGUGGCCAUGUUGUCUCACACAGAAAAAGGGAAAGAGAGGACUAUUGAAGAGUGGGAUUUAGUGAUCAAAGGAGCUGGUUUCAGUAGCUUCACUGUCCAACAUAUUGGCUCCAUUAUUUCUAUUAUUGAAGCCUAUCCUUGAAAUUUACAUAUAUGAUUGAUUUCCUACUUGUUUUUUAUAACAAAUAACUAUGCAUUUGAACUUUUGCUAUGCCUGGUUUAUUGGUUUGUUUGUGUGAAUUACUCUAUGAAAUAAGAUCCUUAAUUACUUA